AUGUCAGCUCAGCCACAAGGGAACGCAACGGCGGGAGCGCAAGGGGGGCAUGCAGGAAGUGCUGCUGGAGGUGGAGGUGGAGGUGGAGGUGGAGGUGGAGGUGCAGCUGCUGAAGGUCCGGAUGAAGCCGCCAUCAUCAACGACAUGCUCUCGGGAUAUCUACUUCUGGUCCUGGGAUGUAUCUCCGCUGCUCUGAUCAUCUGGAGACUCAGCACAGGCCUCAGCAAAUACGUACGACAUGUUUCCUGCCUCAACAACGAUACGCAGAAAUACUUUGCUAGGGCAGGCGCCAAGUGGUCGUGGUUCAAGAAGAAUAUCCAGUACUCGCCCAUUCUCAGCAAGAGGCACAACCGCGAGUUCCAACUCAGCUCGGCCAUUAACGUUGGAACUCUUCCCACCCGCCUUCAACUCGUCUUCCUCCUCGGCUACUUCUCCACCAAUGUCGCAUUCUGUGUUAUGGGGAUCGACUUCUCGCAGCCAGUGGGCGCGUCCGCCACUGUGUUCAUCAACCGUACUGGAACCCUCGCUGUCGCCAACAUGAUCCCAUUGUUCCUCAUGGCCGGCCGGAACAAUCCCCUCAUCAACUGGUUGGGUAUCUCGUUCGAUACCUUCAACCUCCUUCACCGCUGGUUGGGGCGUAUUGUGGCUUUGGAGGCUCUUGCUCACACCCUGGGCUACCUUUACCGUUCAGCUGCUUCCAAGGGCUGGGCUGUGGCUUUCCAGGGUAUCUUCAAGAGCGACUUCCUCAUCUACGGUUUCGUGGCAACCGCUGCUUUUAUCCUCAUCGCCAUUCAGGCGACCAGCAUUUUCAGGCACGCCUUCUACGAGAUCUUCAAGAUCUUGCACAUCGCCUUGGCCAUUGCCUCCGUCGUUGGCCUGUACUACCACCUCGGACCUAAGGGGUUCCCGCAGAUCAAGUACCUCUACCCGGUCAUGGUCUUGUGGGCUUUUGACCGUGCUGCUCGCUUCCUCCGGGUGGCGUACUACAACUUCGGAUCUGGCGGCGGCAAGGCUCUCGUUGAGGCUCUCCCUGGCGGUGCCACACGCGUCACUGUGACCAUGGCGCGCCCCUGGUUUUUCAAGCCCGGCCAGCACGCUUACCUCUACUUGCCAUCCGUCAGCCUCUGGCAAUCUCACCCGUUCUCCGUCGCAUGGAGCGAAGAGGCCGAGUCGCUCAGUGAAAAACUUCCCAUGGCCCGCAGCGACGUGCUCGCUAUGAAGAAGACGACCGUUUCUUUCAUCAUUCGUGGUCGCACGGGCAUGACUGGCAACUUGUAUGAAAAGGCUGCUUCAUGCGUCGACGGCAGGAUGGUGACGAGGUGCCUCGUUGAAGGUCCCUACGGAGGCAUGCAUCAAAUGCACUCGUACGGUACCGUCAUGCUCUUUGCCGGCGGUGUUGGUAUCACACAGGCGGUGCCCCACGUCCGUGAUCUGGUCAUUGCCUACAGCAACGGCAUGGCGGCUACGCGCAAGAUUAUCUUGGUCUGGACUAUCCAGAGCCCUGAGCACUUGGAGUGGAUCCGCCCCUGGAUGACGGAGGUUUUGGGUAUGGAGAAGCGCCGCGAGGUACUCCGUAUCAUGCUUUUCGUCAGCAGGCCGCGCUCGACAAAGGAGAUUCACAGCCCAAGCUCAACAGUGCAGAUGUUCCCGGGCAGGCCGAACAUCGACACGCUACUAGCAAGGGAGAUGGAAGACCAGGUGGGCCACAUGGGCGUCUCGGUGUGUGGCCCUGGUGCGCUCAGCGACGAGGUCCGUCGCGCUGUCAGGAACAAGCAAUACAACGGUGCGAUUGACUUCGUCGAGGAGGCGUUUUCUUGGUGA